CGCCGACUGAAAGAAUGAGACUUUCAAUGCUAAUGUCUCUCAUCAGGCCGACCGGGCCGAUUAUUGUGGGCAUCUCUCUGGGAUUCACUUUGAGUCUUCUCAGCGUCACCUGGGUGGAUGAGUCCUGCGACUCUAACUGGACAGGAGCCACCGCCGAGAUGCUCCUAGCGCAGCCCCCAGGCAGCUUGAAGGGGGCCCGUAAACCUAGUUCGAUAUCCACCGGCACCACUGACAACGGAAAUAUCGAAGGCGAAUUUGAGCCCAGAAUAGUGCCUUACAACAAGCCUGCCCAACAAGAUCCUCCGAAAAAAGUUUUUAGGUCACAUAAAGGGAGCUGUCAAUCACGGAUCAACUUCAGUAAUCUGAAUUACGAGCAACUGCCUCAACAUGUCAACAACCACCAGCACACAGCAAGGUAUGCCAGCACAGAGCUUGGAAUACGUGAGCAUCUCUUUGUUGCCGUAUUUACCUCCAAAACCACCCUGGGCACAUUAGCUGUGGCCAUCAACCGGACCCUCAAAAACCACCUGGAUGGUCGCCUCAUCUUCUUUACACCCACACGCAACCGCAAACUCCCUCACGGAAUGUUUGUGGUUGCCCACGAAGAGGAACGUCCAGUGCCGAACAUGUUUCAAUCCAUCCGAUAUCUUCUAGAACACCACAUUGCUGAAUAUGAUUGGUUCUACAUUGCUCAAGAUGAUACCUAUACCCAGCCCCAAAGGCUGAAGACCCUAGUGAGCCAUCUUAGUAUGGACCUUCUGCUUUACAUGGGCCUCCCAGGAGAGUUUAUCGGAGGUGAGACGCAAGGCAAGUACUGCCAUGGUGGACCAGGAUUUCUGCUGUCCCGUGCAUUGCUUCUUAAGCUGCAGCCUUUUUUGGACCAUUGUAGGACUGAUAUCGUAAGUGUCAGACCUGAUGAGUGGCUCGGUCGGUGUAUCAUUGAUUAUACUGGCACCAGCUGUGUGGACGAAUAUGAGGGGCUAAAUUAUCAUUCUUUUUCAUCAUUCAAUUUGGACCUUCUCACAGUGGAGAAUGAUGGAUUUCAGAAUGCUAUUACCGUUCAUCCUGUGACCAGUGCAGAACUUAUGUAUCGUCUUCACAAACAAUUCUCAGAAAUAGAACUGCAGAGGACCUAUGAGGAGAUUGAGAAACUGCAGUCAGAGAUCAAGAAUGUCAGUGAAAUGGCUGUGGAUGGAAACAGAAGUGCUUUGUGGCCCAUCGGCAUCCCACCCCCCUUAGAACCCAAGAGCCGCUUUGAAGUACUACGUUGGGACUACUUCACCGAAGAGCAUCUUUUCUCCUGCGUGGAUGGUGCCCCCAAAUGCCAGCUCAUUGGCGCUGAUCGUGAUGAUGUGUCUGACGUCAUCAGGGUUGCCGUGGAGGAGCUCAAUAAGAAAUACAACCCUAUUGUACAAAUGAGCGCUCCCCGACUGGUGAAUGGCUACCGACGCUUCGAUCACACACGAGGGAUGGAGUACACCCUAGACCUUCAGCUCCAAGCCGUGUCUGAGUCUGGCCACCAGAAAUCUAUUGCCCGUCGCGUCCACCUUGUGCGCCCCCUCAGCCAGUUAGAGAUCAUCCCCAUGCCCUACGUCACUGAGGCUACACGAGUACACGUUCUCCUUCCUCUUAACAGUUAUGAGUCUCAAGUAGCGCUGCGAUUCUUAGAUCACUGUUCCUCCAACUUGUUUGAGACCGGUGAGAACGCUGUUCUCAACCUCCUGUUUAUUUACGAACCAGCUGAGGCUCAAAAAGUAAGCGCGGGUGAUGUUUUUGCAGAUGUCAAAGCUAAGGUCGCCGCCAUUGAGCACAGGUAUCCCAGCGUGAAGGUGUCAUGGAUAAGCAUCAAAACAGAAAGUUCUGGUGUCCUGCGAAUCCUGGACAUCGUUUCUAGGAAGCACCCGGUGGACACGCUUUUCCUCCUCGUCACUGCUGACACAAUACUCAAUUCGGAGUUCUUGAAUCGCUGCCGCAUGAACGCCAUCAGCGGCCGGCAGGCUUUCUUUCCCAUCCACUUCCAAGAUUUCGACCCCCGUGUUGCUAACCCGGAUCAGGCGCCCCCUGUGUCACCAGACCUGGUUAGGGAGGCAGGUCACUUUGACCGCAACGUCUUCGAGGAAGCGUGCUUUUACAACUCCGACUACAUGUCGUCACGCACACAGAUGGCUGGGGACUUGCAGGAGAACGAGGAGCUGCUGGAGAAUUUGGACUUGUACGACAUGUUUGUGCAGUACUCGGGACUGCACGUGUUCCGUGCCGUCGAGCCUGCUUUGCGUCAGGCAUACCGCAACCAGACCUGUGAUCCGCGGCUAAAUGAGGACGUGUUCCACCGAUGUCUCCAGAGCACUGUGGAGGCUCGGGGGUCGCGUUCCCAGCUGGCCAUGCUAAUAUUUGAACAGGAGCAAAGCAACAGCACCUGAGGAGCUACCCAGAAU